AAAAAAAAACUUUAGUGACAAAAUCCAUCGCGUUUACAGACAUGUCUGGUUGAUUUAUUUUAAAUUAAAAGAGGAUUAUAUACUUUACAAAGAAGUGUUGACAUAUUUGUUGAUGUUUACGUAAUCAACAAAACUAAACAUUUAAAACACGUCAUCGAAUUUCCGUCAUGUCCUUUACAGUAGCAGAUAAGUAUGAAGCAGGUGCUUUCAUCCGUCUGAAUGUUAGUUUAUAUUAUUUUAAUGUAAAAGAAGAAAAACUUUGAACUACUAAUGUAAUACCGAAACUAAAAAUGUGUUAAUGUAAACGCCCUCACGGUGAUUCCAGUUUAUGGACAGCAAGAUUGCGUUGUAUCAUUUUCUUUCAGCUGAACGUCAUCGGCAGAUGCACAGGAGACAUAAGAGAGUAGAACGAGUGUGUGUGUUUGACACAGAGGUCACCUUCAUCUCAUCUGGGAAAAUCAUCUUCACAGGGAACCUCAACAGCAAAGGAUUCUGGGUGUUGUGGCCAGCCGGAAUACUGAGAUGUAUGGAAAGAGAAACCUGCCUGACAUCUUAAACCCACCCAGAAGAGAAUCGUAUUGCUCCCAGGUUUCUCUUUCAUUCCUCUGAAAACUUGAUAGAGUGUCUGUGUAGUUCUUGCUCCUGGUGCGAUCAUAAGGAAAAGGAAAAACCCGGAGCGGCACUGGAGUGGACUGAACACAGACUACUUUGACUGGUGAAGCUGGGAUCAGCACUUCAAACGGAAUGCGUUGUUCCAGAGGAGAGUUUGGAAUGGCAGGUGCACAACCGUCUGAAAGCCACAGGAACCAACCAAACCCACACAACAGGUCAGAUAGCAGAGGAUACGGCCGGCCACGUUUGUGUUUCACCUGUUCUUGAUAAUAUUCCACGAAACGGUGACUGUCACACGAUUUUAAAUGAGAUGAACUGCUGUGAUGGGCAGGAGUGCAGUAGGGCAACAGAAUAAAGACAGAUGCACUGUGGGAUAUGAAAUACUGGCCUGACCAGAUACACACAAAAUGUGCCUGUGUUUCUACUCCGUGAAUGCUUCACAGAUACGUCACGACGGAUCAAACAGCUACCGUUUGAUGCAACUCGGAUGCUUGGAAUCUGUGGCCAACUCAUCUGUCGCUUACUCGUCGACGUCUCCGCUCACAUACCCAGCUACCGGAACCGAAUUUGCCUCCCCGUAUUUUCCCACGAACCACCAGUACACGCCCUUACACCACCAGUCUUUUCACUACGAGUUCCAGCACAGCCACCCGGCCGUGAACCCGGACGCGUACUCGUUAAACUCUCUCCAUCACUCGCAGCAGUACUAUCAGCAGCUCCAUCACGGCGAACCGGCAGACUUCAUCAACCUUCACAACGCCCGGGCGCUCAAGUCCUCGUGUCUGGACGAACAGCGGCGGGAACUGGGCUGUUUGGACGCAUACCGUAGACAUGACCUGUCAAUCAUGAGCCACGGCUCUCAGUACGGCAUGCACCCUGAGCAAAGACUGCUGCCCGGGGCGGGUCUGGGGCUGCCGCCACCGGGGGCCGAUGACCUACAGGGAUCUGUGGACGCGCAGUGCGGGCUUGUGUUAAAUGGCCAAGGUGGAGUGAUCCGGAGAGGUGGCACGUGUGUAGUCAAUCCCACAGACCUGUUCUGCUCUGUACCAGGAAGACUUUCUCUUCUCAGUUCUACCUCAAAGUACAAAGUCACCAUCGCUGAAGUCAAACGCCGCCUCUCUCCUCCAGAGUGUCUCAAUGCCUCGCUGUUGGGUGGAAUAUUGAGAAGGGCCAAGUCAAAGAACGGUGGUCGAUGCCUCAGGGAGAAACUGGACAGACUGGGACUCAAUCUCCCGGCAGGCCGCAGGAAAGCAGCCAACGUCACACUGUUGACCUCUUUAGUCGAAGGGGAAGCGCUUCACUUGGCUCGGGACUUCGGUUACACCUGUGAGACUGAGUUUCCCACUAAAGCCGUAGGGGAACAUCUCGCCCGACAGCACACGGAGCCAAAGGAGCAGAACGCACGCAAGAAGAUGGUGCUGGCCACCAAGCAGAUCUGCAAGGAAUUUCAGGAUUUAUUAAGUCAAGAUCGAUCUCCACUCGGUUCCUCUAGACCAACACCAAUUCUGGACCUGGACAUUCAGAGACAUCUAACACACUUCAGUCUGAUCACGCAUGGGUUCGGGACUCCAGCGAUUUGCGCCGCUCUUAGCACCUUUCAAACGAUUCUCAGUGAAAUGCUUAAUUAUCUGGAGAAACACUCGGCCAAUAAGAGCACAGGAACGCCGGACGCCAACCAGAUCAACUCCAAUUCUGAAAAAACCCUUCGCAAAACCAACGAAGCAUCAACUAAAGACGGUAAAAUAGAGAAAACUGAAUGACUCUGAUACUCCGGGAGUUUUCACUUUCUGAUUGGAAUCCUGAUGGGCGGGCCUUGUUCAGGGCGUGGCUUCGAGGGGCGGGGUCAAAUGAUUUUUAUUGCAUAUUUGUUUAUUUAUCUAACUGGCAACUUUCUGUGACCUCAACUUGGACAGUCUGCCUUUUGUGAAAAUCAGUCACGUCAUUCUCACUGCCCGAUAUUUAGCGAAACACGACCCAUUUACUUCUUUUAUAAGUUACUGAAAAAAGUUAUUUUGCUGUAAUUAGUUUAAAUAAUAAUUUUAAAGAUUUAAUAUCUUUUAUUAAAAAAGAUGAACAUUCCAUUUCUGGUAAGACCUCGUUUGAGGUCUGUUUGGAGCUGUAAAUUAUUACAGGUAAUUUUCCCUGUUGCGGUUAGUUACUGUAUAUUGUGCAUGUUUGUACACCAUCUGAAACUGACAUUUCAGUGCCCACCGUCGUUCCGGAUCACAAAUUCUUGACUGCAUUUGUAAAGAAGUUAUAUAUAAAUAUAUAAAUUCAAUUUUUUCUUGUAGGCUUUGAACUACAUAUAUGAAAUAACCCUACAUGCAAACUACUGGUGUUCAAUAAAGCAUAUUGCUCAAAGUCUUAUAUUAA